AUGGAGAAGAAACAGCGAAUUCUUCUUAGUUUAUGCUUCAUUUUUGGAUUAUGGAAUCUUGGAACUCAAUGGACGACAACGUUACUUUCAUUUCUACAAUGGGAUACUAUUCAUGUGAUGACAAUUGUUGACAUUGGAUAUAUUCAAUCAUUUGGCAGCUUCUGCAACGCAAUCGGUGCACUUGCCAUCGGACAGUUAGCUGAUACAACCGGCCCUAAGGCGAUGUUCAUAGUUUCAUGCGUUAUUGUUUCGAUUUAUUAUUCUCUACUUGGCUUCGCACGAUGUUGGUAUUCGUUCUUCUUCCUGCAGAUACUACGAGUUGGAUAUCAACUGGAUGCAACUGCCGAGAUGUAUCUUGCUACAGUAACAACUGAACGAGAACGAACGGCUGCUUUAAUGCGCCUUACUGUGCCACAGGCAAUAGCAAUGUUUUUCGGACCGAUGAUUGCUUCACAGUUGGCCGUCGCAACAACGUUACGAACAUCACAAGUGAUUUGUGGCAUCGUUAUGUUGAUCACAUUAACGCCAACUAUCUACUGUUUAUUACCACAAACACAUUCAAUUCCAAGACUUGCUACUGCUAGACUUCGUCCUCAGGAUUAUCUACCAAUGAUCGCACGGAAUGUUGCACUCAGGGAGGGUUUAUUACUUCGCGGACUUCUUAUCGCCGCAUACGUCUGUUAUGAACUGAUUUCAAGGAACUUUUUGCUUCGUUCUUUUAUGCAGGGACCGAACGAUUCAGCGAAAGUGCUAAUGGUUAUGGGCCUAUCAUUGGUCACUGUUCAAUUCCUUUUUCUGCCAUAUCUACAAAAACGAUACAGCCCAAAAACGGUUCUACAGUUCGCUCUAACUGCUCUCAUAUUCUCGUACUUUGCGGCUAAUUUUGCAAAGAACCUUGAGCAGUUAUUGGUUAUUAUCGCCAUACAAACGGCCUCUUACGCAGUUGCAUAUGCAGAGAGUUUCACUCAAAUUACAAGUGCUGUGGAUGUGGCUGACUUGGGUAAAGCAACCGGACUGGCGUCAACUGCUCAGUGGAUAGCGCAUUUUAUUGUACCAAUCUACACAUCGCAUCUAGUUCAAUCAUGGCAUUAUACAUAUGCCUUCUAUACAAGUGCAAUUCUUUCGACAAUUACACUCAUAUACGUUUCACUAUUUGCUAAGCAUUCGAAUGCACGUCUCGGUACAUUAUUGCCUUCAAUUGGCAUCUCUUAA